AUCCAACCAACCACCCCACAAACAUCCAACCAACACCAAACAAACCACUCCAUCUCAUCCAGAUAACACACACUCACACACCCAUAUAUCAAUCAAUCAAUCAAUCAUGAUGUCUCUCUCCGAACCAGAGCUCAAGAACCUCAGCCUUGACUCCAAGCCAGCUGAACCCACUAAUCAUAUCAGUAGCUGCUCCUCUAUCGACCGAACCAGAUUCGUCGGUAACCUCAACAUCACCUCCGACGACCAAGAACCACUGCUCAAGGAAGACGGUCAUCGUUUCGUACUCUUCCCAAUCAAGUAUCACGAGAUCUGGGCAUCAUACAAACGCGCCGAGGCUUCCUUCUGGACUGCCGAGGAGAUCGACCUGUCCAAGGAUAUGCACGACUGGGACAAUAAACUGAACGCAGACGAGAAGCACUUCAUCAAACACGUCCUCGCCUUCUUCGCCGCCUCCGAUGGGAUCGUCAACGAGAACCUGAUCGAGAGGUUCAGUGGCGAGGUUCAAGUGGCCGAAGCACGUUGCUUCUACGGAUUCCAGAUCAUGAUGGAAAACAUUCAUUCUGAGGUCUACUCCUUAUUAAUCGAUACCUACGUCCGAGAGCCCACUGAGCGGGCUCACCUGUUUGAUGCUAUCGAUACCAUCCCUUGCAUCCGCAAGAAGGCAGACUGGGCUCUCACCUGGAUCUCUGACAAGAAAUCAACAUUCGGCGAACGACUGAUCGCGUUUGCCGCCGUCGAGGGGAUCUUUUUCUCAGGAUCAUUUGCAUCAAUCUUUUGGCUCAAGAAACGCGGUCUGAUGCCCGGAUUGACCUUCUCCAACGAACUGAUCUCCCGAGACGAAGGACUGCAUACGGAUUUCGCAUGUCUCCUUUUCACUCACCUCGAACGUCGCCCUCACCCAGAUACCGUCCAAGCUAUCAUUGCCCAGGCUGUCGAGAUCGAGAAAGAGUUCCUCUCUGACGCUCUUCCCUGCAAGCUCAUCGGCAUGAAUGCCGACUUGAUGUGCCAGUAUAUUGAAUUUGUUGCUGACCGACUUCUCGUUGCAUUGGGCAAUGAGAAAUUUUACAAUGCAACAAAUCCGUUUGACUUUAUGGAGAUGAUUUCCUUAUCAGGGAAGACGAACUUCUUUGAGAAACGGGUGUCGGAUUAUGCCAAGGCGGGAGUGAUGACUCGAUCGAGGGGCGAAGACGGAGCAGAGGCGAAGGAAGCCGGUGGGGGCGGCAUGUUUUCAUUAGACGAAGACUUUUAAAACCAAGCGACCGCCCAACCUCUGCCUCGACGCUUGAUGGGUGACCUCCUUGUUUAGCACCGGUGUACUGUUGACCUCGCUUGCUCCUCUAAACGUAAAUCCCCACUCACUCACACAUUCUCUCUCGUUCAUGUUCUUGGAGUAAACUAUACACCCACACAAUUCAUUCAUCCACUCCAUCUUUUCGUUAUAUUUGUGUCCAUGGUUACCUCCCCAUAAGUUCAUUGUCAGCCUACCCCUGCUUUUUCUUUCCUACGUCUAUCCAUCCAUCCACCUACAUACAUACAAACAAACAAACCAAUGUAAAUAUAAAUUGUUUAACAUUUUCUUAAGCCCUCUUUUUGUUUAGUUAUGUUCUUUUUUUGGUUUUGUCCUUGGGAAAUUUCAACGAAGUGUUUGUAUAACUUGAUUUGCAUGUGCACACAUAUAUCAUAUUGAGUGGUUGGUUUUUGUUGGUUUGUUGUUGUGGGUGCCUGAGUUAUGACAGCCAGGGUCAUGCCAUAACGGUAGAAAACA